AUGGCAGGCCAGCGCAAGCUCUUGAGCGAGAUUGAUCGCACGCUCAAGAAGGUGAGCGAAGGUGUGGAAGUAUUUAACGAGAUAUGGGACAAGGUGUACGCGGCUACUGCCCAAAAUCAGAAGGAAAAGCAUGAGGCCGAUCUGAAGAAAGAGAUUAAAAAACUGCAGCGCUUUCGUGACCAAAUUAAGACAUGGAUUGGCAAUUCGGAUGUCAAAGACAAACGACCGCUCGUGGAUGCUCGUAAACUUAUUGAGCAUAAAAUGGAGGAGUUUAAAGUUUGUGAAAAGGAGACUAAGACUAAAGCUUAUAGUAAGGAAGGAUUGGCACAGGUCGAACGUCUUGACCCGGAACAGCAAGCGCGACAGCAAUCUCACGCAUGGAUUCAGGACUGUCUGAAUCAAUUUAAUGUUCAAAUUGAGGCACUUGAGAGCGAUGUUGAGCGUCUACACUCAGCAAAGGGGCGCAGUCGCAACAAGAGCGAGAUUGUGGAAAAGGAAAAGCUACUAUCUCAGCACAAGUGGCACAUUCUGAAGCUCGAGCAAAUCAAUCGACUUCUAGAUAAUGCGGCGCUUGAGCCAGAACAGGUGGACGUUUUAAAAGAGGAUGUUGAGUACUAUUUGGAGGCAAAUCAAGAGCCGGACUUUAUGGAAACGUGCGGAGGUGAUGACAUUUACGAGUCACUUGAUCUCGAUACCCUUGGACAGCAGCUUCAGGUGGCACUUCCUACAGAGCAGGACGUUGGUAUUGAGGAUGCAAGUGUAGUAGCAUCCGCAGCAUCGACUACUGUUCCUACGACUACAUCAGCACGUGGGAAGACACCACGCAAAAGUGUAACGACAUCGGUCAUUACAGGUAUUGGACGUGCUGGUGUGGUUAAACCUAUCGAUCUCAAGACGUCAACGCCUAGUCGCUCAACUAGCGCCACUAAGAAUGAUGUUUCGCCACUUGAUGUCAACAAGUCUGAUGACUCGAAAUUGGCCAAGGCACGCACGACUCCGCAGCGUCCAAAAAGUGGGUCUUCUUCGUCAGAGAAAGGAUUAAGUAAAGCACCGACCCCAGUAUCUUCUUCCCCAGCUGUAAGUACGCCAGGUUGUCAGAUAUCACCACCCACUCCACAGCGCACGCCAUCUCCUAGUGUAGGAAAAGGGCAGUUUGGGGGCACGAGCUCGUCGUCGUCGUCUGCGUCACCAGCACCAGCCAAGCUUUCAGUUUCAGGUCCAUCACCUUCACCUUCAACUGCCUCAUUACCACCGCCAAUUCCUAAUCCCUCGCCAAGUGCAUCUACGAACUCUUCAACAACUGCACCAGCAGCUGUACCAGCUCCUACUCUAUCUGGAGCUGAAUCUGCUGCGUCACCGCCUACAGUGGCAGCGUCAAAUUCUCGGCCAGAGAAUUCACCCAAGCUUACAGAAGAACAGAAGCAGGUCUUGCGGUUGAUUGAUGAAAGCUUUCACUUCAUUCCCGAGAGCCGUGACUCUGAAAAGGUCAACCGUUACGUUCCACGCAAUUUAUACCCCACACCCUCGUCUUUUCCAGCCUCGCCGUCCCCAUUAUUCUCUAGUGCUCCUAUUUUCGAGAAAUUGGAUGUCGACACGCUAUUUUUCAUCUUCUACUACCAGCAGGGCUCAUAUCAACAGUACUUGGCUGCUCGUGAGCUCAAGCGACGGACUUGGGGUUAUCACAAGAAGUACAAGACAUGGUUUAAGCGUCAUGAAGAGCCACAAGUGACAGGAGAGGACUACGAACAGGGCACUUUUGUCUAUUUUGACUACGAGACUGGCUGGUGUCAACGGAUCAAGACAGAGUUUACAUUUGAGUACAGUUUUCUUGAAGAUGAGCUGCAUGUGCUGGCAGCUGCUGCUCGUAUUGAUGGUCAUGCGCACCGCACGCCAGUACAAAAGUGCCACGCUCUUGAAAUGAUUGUCAAUGAAAAGAGCCCGACCCCAAAACAAUUGUUCUUUAAGUGUGAGAAUUUUCAAAAAGUCGGAGCUUUUAAGUAUCGUGGCGCAUUAAAUGCAGUCAAGAAGUUCUUGCACGAGACAGAGCAAGAGAACAUGACGAACACAACAUUUAUCACGCACUCGAGCGGCAAUCACGCACAGGCCUUGAGUCUUGCAGCUAGAGAUGCCAACUGCAAGGCAGUGAUUGUUAUGCCUAAAAAUUCGCCAAGUGUCAAGCAGAACGCUGUUCGUGGCUACGGUGCUGACAUAGUUCUGUGUGAACCAACUAACGAGGCUCGUGCAAAGGCUGCAAAUGAGAUAGGCACAAUUGCAUUAGAAAUACUGGAGCAAGUGAAGCAGGAAUAUGGCGUUGAUUUAGAUGCUAUCGUUGUACCUAUUGGGGGUGCCGGUCUUUGUUCGGGUGUUGCUAUGGCUGCCAAGUCUGUUCAACCUGGUAUUAAGGUCUUUGCCGUAGAGCCUGCCGGUGCAGCUGAUGCUUAUAACUCUUUUCAAAAACGUGAGCUGAUGGGCCAUUCAACUCCCGUCAAUACUGUUGCUGACGGGCUUCGAACAAUUUUAGGUGAUAACAACUGGCCCAUUGUGCGCGAUUUCGUGGACGAUAUUCUCCUCGUCACCGAUGACGAAAUUGUGUGGGCCAUGAAGCUUAUUUGGGAACGCAUGAAGUUGGUCGUGGAACCUAGUGGCGCCGUUGCAACGGCAGCUGUCCUCACGAACAAACUGCCGGCAAAAGUCACUAACAUUGGUAUUGUAUUAUCUGGUGGGAACAUUGACCUUGAAAAGCUUCCAUGGAUUACAGAAAAGUCCGCUUAA